CAUUUACAAGCUCAACUUUGACAAUGAGCACAACGGAUACUUUCUGAUUUGACCAUAAACUCAGCCUGUCCAACUUGACCCUCUUCCACAAAGGUUAUAUUUGUUCACUACCUACAAAAGCAUUCAACAUCUCACACAAUGGGUCUGUGAUCUUCUUCCACUCCCCAUCAUCUCCACUCCUCCACCCGGGGACUGCCCGUGUCGUUACGACCAUCGCGCGCCAUCCUCGACUAUUAUUUCGUCGAUUGUCGCUUGGCUUUUGUUCUUCUGGGAGUCUCCCUUCGUCAACAUCUUCUCUUUGGAGACAAUUUCCGGCUACCUCCACUGUCGAGCGCCUCAUAGUAAAUCUUGUCUGCUCGAAAAAUCACACUGCCUCCGACACCGGCAGACCGUCUGUUUACUUGGAGAUCCCUGCCCUGUCAUCCGGCUUCUGAGCACUGAACACUGAGCCUGAGCCGCCUGCUCCAGCACAGCACAGUGACGUCGGUUGGGCCCUGUCCGACUCUCCUGUGCGUCAACUUCGGCCCUGAAUCCCUGUUGGUCCGCCAAAACGGUAUCUGGACGCAGCCAUCCAAAUUCCCCAAUUCCGUCAACAAUAGCAUCGGCUACAGCGUUCACGGCUUCGCAUUGCAUUACCGUGCCGUACCGGACACUGCUUGCUUGCCAGGCCAGGCCAGGCUAGCCAACUCUUGCAGCACGGUUCGACACUUGAACGACCUAUUUCCAAUCACACCUCCGCUAAAUCCACAAGCUCCCCACCCCACACACUGCCGUUGCUGCGCUCCAAGAACCCGGGGCUGCCAUUGACAGAGGCCGAGUUUAAAAAAAAUUCACAAUAGGACGUCAACACAGUUUAAACUUGCAACCUUUCAACCCAGCCUCAAUUUCGAUCUCGACUGGCUCCAGUCUUACUCCGAUCUGUUUCGGAUUGUCUCAGGUCUUCUCCAUCUCUGCUUUGUCUCAUCAACAGCAGUCGAAACUCCAUUCCACCGCUUAGAAGCUCUUGACUCGGUCUCGUUUUCCCCCUCAGAGGGCAAAAAAAAAAAAAACUACGUACUCACCCCUCCGAUUCGGGGCCCCUCCACAUCCGUUUUCCGCUUCCGUCCUUCGCCGCAUCAAAACUUUUUGCUCUUCUAGCCGACAGCAACCUUCACCUCUACCACAAACCGACACAACUUCACCUUCACCAUGGUGCGCAAUAUUGUUGUUCUGGGAGGCAACUCCCACCCGCAACUCACAGAAAAUGUCUGCCAAAUUCUGGGUGUUCCGGCAAGCAAUCGCAUUCUUGGAAAAUUCUCUGGCGGCGAGAGCCGUUGCGAAAUCAAGGACUCAGUUCGCGGCAAAGAUGUCUACAUCAUACAAUCUGGCUCCGGCAAUGUAAACGACAACCUCAUCGAUCUCUGUAUCAUGAUCUCAGCCUGCAAGACUGGCUCUGCGAAACGAGUCACCGCCGUUGUCCCACUCUUCCCUUAUUCGCGACAACCCGACUGGCCCUAUAACAAAGCCGGCGCACCUUUGUCGCAGAUCUCUGGUGCUUCCAAAGACUACACAUUUGAGAGUGUUCCUCCCACGCCUCGUCCAGGUGGCCCCAAGUCAGCUGGCCUGCCCAAUGGUGUCAACAACUUGACCGAGAAGCUCUCGAAAACAGCUCUCGCAAACGAGGGCGCGACAAAUGGUGCUAACGGCAAUAAUGGCGUCUUCAGCACUCCUCGUCGCUCGGACACCAUCUCGAGCAGCACCUCUGAGGCCCGUGGACACCACGCAGAGAACUCGACCUCUUCCCAGAGGAAUGCCUACACCACCCACGACUAUGAGAACCAGUCCAACAUCUCUGCUUUCCAGCCUAAGCCUGGUUACAAGCAGUGGAUCGCUCAGGCUGGUACUCUCGUUGCCGACUUGCUCACCUGCGCCGGUGCCGAUCAUAUUAUCACGAUGGACUUGCACGAUCCUCAGUAUCAGGGCUUCUUCGACAUUCCUGUCGAUAACCUGUACGGAAAGGCGCUACUCCAGAACUACAUCCAAUCUCAAAUUCCUAAUCACCACACCGCUGUCAUUGUGUCUCCCGAUGCUGGAGGUGCAAAGCGAGCUACUUUGAUUGCGGACAGUCUCAAGACUGACUUUGCUCUGAUUCACAAGGAGCGACGGCCCAUUCGAUUUACCGAGCAUCGUAACGCCAGUAUGAUGCUAGUUGGAGAUGUGUCAAACCGCAUCUGCAUUCUAGUUGACGACAUUGUCGAUACUGGUAACACGAUCACGCGUGCUGCGAAGCUUCUGAAGAAGGAGGGCGCUACUCAAGUCUAUGCCCUCGUCACCCACGGUGUCUUCAGUGGCGACGCUAUCGCUCGCAUCAAUGCUUCUGCCAUUGACAAGAUGCUUGUAACCAACUCUGUUCCUCAAAACGAGCAUCGUCGUCUUUGCCCUAAGCUUGAGGUACUCGAUAUCUCGGCCGUUUUUGCUGAGGCUAUCCGUCGUGUUCAUCACGGCGAGUCUAUCAGCGUCCUUUUCCAGCACAACUAGAGUGCUGGAAGCGCACUUACGGUUUGUCAACAGGAUUUCAUCUACUCAAAUCAUAUGAGGGCUCGUUUCCUCAUGAAUAGCACCACGUCGAGAUUACUGGGUACCCGUGUUUUCACGGGACAUAUCCCUCUGCCACGGAUGUCGCAAAGUUUAUCCCGAGUUGCGACGCGCUGAAAUGAUACGGGAUAUUUUCGUUUUGGAGUUUACCGGGGAGCUUCUGCAUCAUACUGCAUUCGCCGUCCGCCAGAUUUGGUUUGCUGGCGUUUCUUUUUCUCUAAAAAUUUCCCAUUUACACUCAUCAAACAACAUCGAUAAGGUACUUGGACCGGCACACGACAGUGUGCAACGAAGAUUAUGGGAGGGAGGGAUUUGGUUGAACGACUGCAGCGCGGGUUGGGGCACGGGUUAACUUGCUUUCUGCUAUGCUGCACAAUUUCACCUAUUCCUUAGCCUGGACUAUCGUGUUCUCCUUUCCUGGGACCUAAUUCUUCUCUUUGCUCUACACAAUCUUUCCUAAACAUCUGUCUUGGGGUAAUACCUGUAUUUCUUACCUUUCGAGGUUGGAAAAAGAGUGGUAUGCUUGGAGAUAUAAACCAAAGGACAUUUCUCGGAGAUUCGGUUCUCUCAUCCUAGUCCUGCAAAUGCAUAGAAGUAAAAUCAAAACGUAGACAUUUGGAUCAACCAAAAGUAGACAGGUGCUGGCCUAGUUGCUGUGCUGUGACGGGAGACUAGGUCGGCGGUUCAGUUAGCCUUGCAAAUGGCGAUGCUGUCAAAAAGUUCAAGAAAUAAAUAUAAAAAAAAAUGUUAAAUAUGCCACUUCAUGCUGUUCCGG